GCGAUUCUUCUGAAAGAAGGAAAGCAAAUUUCUCGGCAAUCAUUCGAAAUUUCGCUUUUGUUCCAAGAUGGACAGAAACAGGCUGUCAAUUGUGGCAGCUUUUGACGAUCUCAUUCGAAACACAAGGGUCUUAACACAAAGUGUCGAACCAGAGUUUGUGAAAUUUGUGCGCAGUGAAGAAGAAUGCCGGAGAAAAUGGCAUGAUGCGGAGAUCCAGUGCGACAAACUACGACGGCGGGUAAAGGAAAUUGAUCAGGAGAAACUGGCACUGGACACACAGCUACGUCAUGCCAGAAAACAGAUUGCCCUGGAAGUUGACAAACGUAUGGCCACAGAACGGGAACUGGACAGUGCGGAGAGGCAACUUUGUCUGAUCCGGGAACUUUUGAAUGACCGGAAUCACCGCACCACAAUCAAUGAAGAAGACAUGGAGAAGCUCUACGGCCUUGUCAAAGGCAGAGAACGACGCAAUAUGCAUGAGGCACAGUCUCCUUAUGGUGGGCUGGAGUCGUCCGCCUCCAUCUUGUCUGACAUUUACGACCAGACGGACGAUGAUUUAGAGCGUUCACGACGCUGUAGCGGGCUACGCUACAAGAAACGCCCCAGUGCCCCACCCCUAGACGAGGAUGAAGAUGAGUGCCCAACGCCCCCCAAAAUGGGCAAAAAUGCAGAAGAUGCUGACAACUCUUUCAUUACUACAACCACAAUAACAGUGGAUCGUCAAGGCAACCCGGUGACAGCAAAAACAGAGGUCACCGUGCCGAAGCUGAAUAAAAGUUUAAGUGAACCUGCCCUCGACAUUUACCGUGAAGAGCCAGACCGAGACACUGAGAGUGACCCAGAGUCAGAAGACUACUUGUGGACCCCCAACCGCAACAACAAUGCCAUGCGUUACCCCCGAGGAAUUCUGAAGCGAACCCCCUCAGAGCCUGAAACGCCAGUUUUAAGAAAAGCAACUUCAGCCAGCAAAGGUCUGAACAGAGGCCACGUGUUUGACACUAGGAACAUCUUCAAACCAGAGACAUGUGUGCCAUGUGGAAAGAAGAUUGGAUUUGGAAGGUUUGCUGUAAAAUGCAAAGACUGCCGUGCGACGUGUCACCCUGACUGUAAAGAUUUACUCCCCUUGCCAUGCGUGCCCAAUGCUCCCAGUACGCCAGCCACCACAACAAGAAACUUUGUGGGCGUGAUCUCUGACUAUGUGUCAAACAGCUCUCCCAUGAUUCCAGCACUUGUGGUACAUUGUAUUCGGGAGAUAGAGAAGAGGGGCAUGCAUGAAGUAGGAAUAUACAGAGUGCCGGGCUCCACCAAGCAAGUGAGAGAAUUGAAAGAGAAAUUCUUAAAGGGCAAAGUUCCAAAUCUGUCCCAUGUGGAUGACAUCAACGUAGUGUGUGGUUGUGUCAAGGACUUUCUUCUGAAGCUCAAGGAACCCCUCAUCACUUACAGGAUGUGGCAGGAGUUUGUCGAUGCAGCCACUGACCCUCAUUUUGAGCACGACAGAAGUCGAUUGUGUAUCGCGGUGAAGAAUCUGCCACCAGCUAACAAGGACACAUUGGCCUUCUUAAUCGUACAUCUGCAGAAAGUGUCAAAGAGAGUAGAGUGUCGUAUGCCAGCCUCUAACUUGGCCACAGUGUUUGGGCCGUCUGUGGUUGGCAACUCCUGCCCGGAUCCCAGCUCACAGCAGAUGAUCACUGAGUCUACCAUACAGUCACAGGUUGUCCAGGCACUCAUGUCCAUCCCCUCAGACUAUUGGAUGAGCUUCACGGAAGACGAUCAGGAGAAUUUCUACUCGAACCCCAAUACGCCGGGAACGCCUGAUGGUGUCCACAGUGUGCUGGGCUCGGUGUUCACACCCAGCACGUACUCUAGGAAACGCAGCGGGAUAAAAACCAGCUACACUCCAAGGUUGAUGCCCCCCUUAAUACAGUUGACAGCCUCACCAGUCUCCGAGUCCCAGAUCUGAGUGAUUGAUUGUAAGGAGUGCAUACAAAGGCAAGAUUGAAGUGCGUAACCCCUCCCACUUUUUUGACAAGCCUCACUAAUGCCGUCACCAGAAGAUCAACGGUGUGCACAAUGAGACAGAUUUUACUGAAAAUCAUGAACAAAAUAUUUCAUUGCAACUUUCAUGAACAAAAACUGUACAAUUUGUAUAGGAACUUUUCCACCCAAUAUAUUUUUGUCUUAACAUGAUAGGUUUUUGUGUACCAAUACAUGUUUUGUUUUUUUGUUUUGCUGGGGUGCAAAAGGGGUAAGUGAGCAUUGUGUUGAUGUGACAUCAGCCAAGCUUGUUUAUGGGACACUGGAGUUUUUCAGCGGCUUAUCAAUCUAUUACUCUCGAAGCCAAAUCAUUUUGGAUCAGAUUUUUUGGAGGGGCUGUUUUUGUUUUUGUUUUCUUUUAGAUGAGACCAUAUACAGGGAUGAAUUGGUUUUUUAAUUGUUGACAUAUAUCCAAAAUUCGAACUUCUUCCACAUUAUGGUGACUUUAUUUUAACACUACGCAUUUUAUUGGAGAGUACUUGUAGGUUGAGUGAAGUGUGGAAUGAUCAGAUGGUUAUGAAUAUUCAUAUGUUUACAUAGGUGUAUAAGGAAAAUUACAUACCUAUAUAUCUUUGUGUGCACCAGUAUACAUAUAAUAUGAGUGCGCGUGUGAUAAUAGCAUGGGUGAAAAUGUUGAACAGAACAAAAAAAUCAUCCCAGGCACUUUUCAUCCGUUUUCGAAUUAGUUUCGGUAUGUCACAUUAAAUCGUGUUGUACACCUAAUUGCGUGUGUUCGAACCCCCUUCAGUUAUGUCAACACUUUUUCAUACAGAAAUGGUAAAAAUUGUGUGAAGAUCACUAGAUGCUGAUUUUGUGGAGACUUUUUGAAAUCUUCUAUAUUCUUAAAUGAUAGAAAUAUUGACUUUUACGCAUCUACCUAAUCCUUGUCACAGAGCUGUUUGUAGACGUUUUGUCACUGCAAGACAAAGCCAAAAGAGGGGCAGUUUAAAAGAAUCAUGGGUAUUUUAUUUUCAUUGGCAGUUUAUUUUUAACAUAGAAAUUUUUAAACGUCUCCCCUCGAUCAAGACUUGCCACAACAAUUGUUGAUCAUAUUUAUAGCCUUUAGAGUUUCAAGCAGAUUUUCAGACUUGUAAUUGAAGCAAAACUUGAAAUUUUUCAACAAAGUUUCAGGUCUAGAAAGGCAGCAAAUGUUAGUCAUGUCAACUGGUUUUUGGGACCAAAAACUUCAACACAAAUUAACAGUUUAAGUUCUGCAUACACAGGGGCUAAAAACACAACUCAGCUGAUGGCAUGCAGUUGGUCCGUGUUGCUGAUGACCAAGUCACUUCAGGAUUGAAAGCAUACAUGUAAAGAAUGAAGUGGAGUUGUCUAUAUUUUGCAUACACGAGUGUUUACAUGUACUAU